UCAAGUAGAGAGCGACUGAACAUCUGGGACGGAGAAAGCACGUUGAGCGGCGCAAUUACUGUACCAGACAUGCACUGGAUCUUACCUUUUCUUUUUCUGAUAUGCCAUUGCAAUCUGGCAUCAUGUUCAAAUGAGUUUUCCCAGCUUGCUGAUGUAGAGAAGUAUGAAAUAAUUACUCCUCAAAGACUGACCAAAGGCCGACCCAAACGAGACAUUUCUUCAAAAGAGGUUUCCUACCCUGAGAAAGUGCAGUAUGCCUUGACUAUAGAAGGGAAGAACUAUACCAUUAAUCUUGAGAAGAAUAGAAUUCUUUUGGGAAAAGAUUACACUGAGACACACUUUCUACAAAAUGGUACUGAAAUUACUAGCUCUCCAAAUGUUGAGGAACACUGCUUCUAUCAAGGCCACAUUCAAGGUGUGAAAGACUCUUCCAUCAGUAUAAGUACAUGCUCUGGAAUCAGAGGCCUUCUAAUGGUUGAGCAGAAAGUCUACCUGCUUGAGCCCCUGAGUGGAGCUGCAGAGGGAGCCCAUGCUGUUUACAGACAGGAGCACCUGAGAAUGAAGCGAGCGACCUGCAGAGACUCGAAUGAAACUGUCUAUGACCAUGGACCCAAACUAGCUGGGAUCUUCAAGACACCGACCUGGAAAAGUGCCCCUCUUGCAAAAGGCAAUAGAUUUGUGGAGAUGUUCUUGGUUGUUGACAACAGAGAGUAUACAAAAUAUAACAAAGACAUGCAGGAAAUUCGAAGUCGGAUGUUGGAAGUUGUUAAUCAUGUUGACAAGCUUUAUCGACCUGUUAACGUACGUGUUGUGCUGGUUGGACUGGAAGUCUGGACAUACAGGGACAAGUUUGUUGUCAACACUGAUCCUGAUCAAACCCUGAGCCAUUUCUUAGCCUGGCGCAAGACAGAUUUGCUGAAAAAGAAGAAGCAUGACAAUGCUCAGUUUGUGACUGGCAUUAGCUUUGAAGGCAGCACAGUGGGGUUAGCAACAAAGUUUGCUAUGUGCUCUGGUGACUCUGGUGCAGUUAAUGAGGACCACAAUAGAAACCCUAUAGGGGUGGCAUCAACAAUAGCCCAUGAGAUGGGGCACAACUUGGGCAUGUCUCAUGAUGAUUCUGACUGUAUCUGUGAAGCAUCAAAGUCCCGCAAGGGAUGUAUAAUGGCAGAUAGUAUUGGGAACAUUUACCCACAUAGCUUUAGCAGCUGCAGCCAGCAGGCCCUACAGCAGUUUUUGAGUCAGUACAACCCCAGCUGCCUGUUGAACACCCCCAGUACAGACGAUCUGUACGGAGGCCCAGUGUGUGGUAAUGACUUUGUGGAGCAGGGUGAAGAGUGUGACUGUGGGACUGUAGAGGAAUGCAGGAACCCUUGUUGCAAUGCCACAACCUGCAGGUUAAAGGAAGGGGCCCAGUGUGCUCAUGGAGAAUGCUGCCACGAGUGCAAGGUCAAACCAGCUGGAGAUGUGUGCAGACACAGUGAGAGUGACUGUGACCUGCCAGAGUAUUGCACUGGCCUGAACCCACAGUGUCCAGAGAAUGCUUUCCAAAUGAACGGGUCCCCUUGCAAGUUUGGACAGGGUUAUUGCUUUAAUGGAGAGUGCCCCACACACCAGCAGCACUGCAUUACCCUUUGGGGACCAGCUGCCAGAGUUGCUCCAGAUCCCUGCUUUCAGCAAAAUAAAAGAGGAGACGAGCAUGCUCACUGCAAAAAGAACCUAAACGGAUAUCAAAGUUGUGCCGGAAAGGAUAUUAAAUGUGGAAAGAUACAUUGUCAGGAUGGAAAUAUGUUCCCAAUCACCAAACAAAAAUACACUAUGACCCUUCCUUGGGCUGUGCAGUGUAAAAUAGCAAAGAUGUCAAAUGAUGCUGACUCUGAAGAUCUUGGGCUGGUCCCUAAUGGAACUAAAUGUGAAGAGGGGAAGGUUUGCUAUAAUGGCAGAUGUCAGGACCUUGACAUUUAUGAAACAGAAGACUGUUCUGCAAAAUGCAAUAAUCAUGGGGUCUGCAAUCAUAAAAAGGAAUGUCACUGUGAUGCAGGAUGGUCACCACCAUAUUGUGAUGUUAAACUGUCUGAGCUCCCUAAAGGUGGAAAUGCCAUUAUUAUUGGAGUAACUGUAGCAGUGGUCUUGCUAAUACUGGCAUCCCUUAUCACCAGUGGACUAAUGUUUUGCAGGCGUAGCAGGAAGGAGAGCUUCCCCAGUAAAACAAAAGAAAAAUCCGGACUGUCAAACCCAUUAUUUCAAAGGGGAGGUAACAAAGGGAGCCCUCAUGUUGGUACCCCCACGAUCAGCAGGCCGAUAUUUUUGGAGUCCUCUUCCGUUCCCCAGCUCUGCACCCCCCUGUGCGUCACAGUCAUUCCCAGUCGACCUCCUCCACAGCCCCCCAAGGCAGUGUCACCCAUGAAGUAUAAUAUAACAUCUGGACAGGUUGUAAAACCCAGUAUGCCACCUCCUGCCCCUCCAACCAAGCCAGGAUAUUCACAGGCCAAACCAGUCCCCCCUACAAAACCUUUGCCCAAUCUGAAAACCAAACCGUGUACAAAGCCUAGUCCAUGUGCUCCAGUACCUUCUGUGAAACCUCCGUUAGCAGUCCCACACUGGAAACAGACUCAGGCUGGAACAAGGCCAAAGGUUGCACUGAUGCCUCCUGCUCAGCCAAGAUGACAAGGAAGUCGAAGAGCCAUAACUAUGAUUUAGACAAAGCCUGUACAAAAGCAAGAGAUGUCUGCUUGAAGCUGUGCUGGGGAGUUCAUUUGGAUGGUAGUCCCUUCAAAUAUCUGUAUGUGCCUUAGAUGGCGCAGUGGAUAUUUUGUGUUUAGAAAGAAAAGUCUGUAUGACUAUGCAAAUACAAUUCAGGGAUUUUGGAUAAUUGUCAGCCUAUUGAAUUGUUUUUCCAUUAUCAAAUAUAUUAUAACACAUUU